AUGGAGUGGUCAUGUGAUGUGGCUGGAGUCGAGGCUCCCGACAAGUUCUCGUGCGUGCGCUGGGUGGCGCAGGCGGCUUCCUUUGCCUCGCCGCCGCCGCCGCCGCCCUCCAGUCGCCAGAGGUCCCUGCUGCAGCCGGGUGGGAGCCGCUCUCGGCGAGGCGAUCGCUGGCUGGCUCCGGCGGGCGCUUCCUCCUGCAUCCUCCUCGGGGAGCGGCGGGGCCGGGCGGGCAGGCAGGCGUCGGGGAUGAGCAGCCGCGGAGGGCGCGAGGAGGAGGAGGAGGAGGAGCAGCAGGCGGAGGACGAGGCGCCGGGCGGGAUGGGGGAGCGCGCAGGAGACACCGGCGACGAGUCUGCCCCCUUAUCCUGCCCCUGCUGCCACGCCGGCUUCAAGGACCCCCUGGAGUUGUCCGCCCAUGUGGAGUCCUGUUGCCCGGAGCAGCCCGCCUGCUCGUCUGCCGGCGCCGCGGUGGUUGCCGGCCAAGAGACGACCAGCUCUUCCUCCUCCUCUUCUUCCUCCUUGGAGGCCCGUCCCGACAGCCCCCCAAGCAUGGAUGUGGAACCGAGGGCCUUGUCGGCGGAGCCGGGCCAGGACCCGGCCCCUCCCCCUCCUCUCCCCCCGCCUCCCCCGCCACCACCUCCCCCUACCGCAGUCACCACGGGGCACCUCAACAUUCCCCUCAUCCUGGAGGAGUUGCGGGUCUUGCAGCAGCGCCAGCUCCAUCAGAUGCAGAUGACGGAACAGAUCUGCCGGCAGGUGCUGCUGCUGGGCUCCCUGGGGCAGGUGGGCUCCACGGCGCCUUCUGCCGAGCCGGCCCCGGGAGCUUCCCUGCCUCCCAAGCCGCCUCUGCCGGUCUUUUCCAUCAAGACCGAGCCAGGCAGGACCCCGGCUUCCGGCUCCCCCGAGGUGCCCAAGCCGGCUUUCUUCCACCUCUACCACCCUUUCCCCGGAGGGACUCGGGUCCCCAAAGCCGAGCAGCUCUUGGCUCCGGCCUUCCCGACGGCGACGGGGCUCUUGGCUGCUCAGUGCCUGGGGGCCGCCCGCGGGCUGGAGCAAGCGACUUCGCCGGGGCUCCUGCGGCCGAAGAAUGGCGGCGGGGGGGACGCCAGCUUGGAGGAGAAGCCGGGCGGGCGGCACAAGUGCCGCUUCUGCGGCAAAGUCUUCGGCAGCGAUAGCGCCCUCCAGAUCCACCUGCGCUCCCACACGGGCGAGCGCCCCUACAAGUGCAACAUCUGUGGCAACCGCUUCACCACCCGUGGCAACCUGAAGGUGCACUUCCACCGGCACAGGGAGAAGUACCCCCACGUCCAGAUGAAUCCUCACCCGGUCCCCGAGCACCUCGACUAUGUCCUCACCACCUCGGGGCUACCUUACGGCAUGUCGGUGCCGCCGGAGAAAGCCGAGGCGGGGGAGGAGAGUGCCGUUCCGCCUGCCGCCACAGCCGAGCGCAAGGCCCUCAGCGCCACCGAGAGCCUCACGCUGCUUUCCGGUGCCUCCCCAUCUGCGGCGGCCCAGGCCUUGCCUGGCUUCAACAAGCUGGUGCUGAUGAAGGCCGUGGAGGCGAAAGGGAAGGGGGACGAGAACACACCGCCGGAAAGGGAGGUGGAAGGCACCCGGCUGCAGCUGGGCAAGCUAGUGGGGUCAUUACCCAGUUGGGCCCUGCUGGCGAAUCACUUCAAGGCAGGCGCGGCGGUGGGGCCGUUCCCCUACGUCCUGGAGGCCUCGCCCUCUGAGACCUCCAAGCUCCAGCAGCUGGUGGAAAAGAUCGACCGCCAGGGGUCCCCUUCUUUGGGGGCUGCCGCCCCCGUUACUGCUGCCCACGCCACGGCUGGCUCCUCUUCCUCCCUGCCUGCAGCCUCCGGGCCUAACCAGUGUGUUAUCUGCUUGCGGGUCUUGAGCUGCCCCCGGGCUCUGCAGCUCCACUACGGGCAGCACGGAGGGGAAAGACCUUUCAAGUGCAAAGUGUGCGGCCGUGCCUUCUCCACCCGGGGCAACCUGCGGGCCCAUUUCGUGGGCCACAAGACCAGCUCAGCGGCUCGCGCUCAAAACUCCUGCCCCAUCUGCCAGAAGAAGUUCACCAAUGCCGUCAGCCUCCAGCAGCACGUCCGUAUGCACCUGGGAGGGCAGAUCCCCAAUGGGGCGCUCCUCCCCGAAUCCCCUACCCCUGAAGGAGCUGCCCCGGUAGAAGGAGAGAAGCAGCAGCCGCUGCAGCCCUUACCGCAAGAGGGAGAGCUGUCAGAGGAAGACGAGGAAGAGGCCACCGAUGAAGACUCUCUGGAGAGCGGGAUGGAGAAGGCCGAGGGACCUUCCAGCCCAGAACAGGAGGCUCCGGGCCCUGCCAAGGAAGGGGAGGAAGCGGGACCGGCAGAAGAGGCAGAGGGAGGCGCCAGGGCCGCCUCCCCGUUGGGGGAAAGAAGCCCUCUUUGCUCCGCACCAGAGGGGGAAGAGAAAGCUGAAAUGGAAGUGGAGGAAGGGGGAACCCUGCCGGAUGAGGAAGAGGAAGAACAGGGGAAGGGGAUGGCAGGAGAAGGUCCAUCGGAGAAGCAGCAGCAGGGCAGCCAAGCCAAAGAGGGGUUGACCCUGGCUUGCGGGAUUUGCAAGCAGGCCUUUCCGGACAGAGCCGCCCUGCGCAAACACGCGCUGACAGCUCACCACCAGGUUAAUAUGGCCAGUCCAAUGUGGAGCAGCAACCCGGCGCGGCCCGGACAGCGCCUCCCCUUGGAAGGCCCGGUGCCUGUUCUGUCAGGAGGACAGGUGAAGCUGCAGGACUUCCUAGGGCGCGACAUUCCAGCCCAGCUUGUGGGGGUGGGACCGCUGUCUUUCUGGAACCAGUACACAGCCUUCCUCUCCGGAGGCCUCCCGGCCAAGCCGGCCCAUAGCUCUGCUGCUUCUGCCUCAUCCUCCACCUCCUCGUCAGCUUCCAACAUGGCCGCCCAGGGCCUCUUCGGCUCUGGUAACGUGGUGGGGAAGGCAGCCCCUGGGGAGGCCAAGGAGAAACCUGCUGCGGGGUCUCUGCUGCUACUUCCACCGCCACCAGUCCCAGCUCCGGAAGGGGUCCCCGAGAGCCAGGGGAAGGGGGAGAAAUAACCUAAAUCUGGACAAAGCCCCGUCAGGGUGAGUUCCAGUGAUGUCGAAGUGGGGUGGGAGGGGGAGGGAAUUCAAGCCCCGCCAGAGGAACGACUCCAGUCUAAUUUUAGCAACAUUAGUCUUUUGUUUUUAACGUAGCUUGGACGCCGUUCGGCCGGGAGGCAUGAUCCCACCACGGAGCAGGGGGACGCUGCACCCUUGUACGCUUGUGCACAGAGGGGUCCCCCCCGUAACGUGGGGCGGAGUGCUGGCCUGUCCAGCCAAGCAAAGAGAGCGGCCAUCUUGAUUUCCCCCAAUAAAAGCAGUUUGACAGAA